UGGCAAGUGGAGUUUUUAAAAAGCUCGAGCAGAUCAUGUCAUGACGACUUCGCUGCUCUUGCAUCCGCGCUGGCCGGAGAGCCUUAUGUACGUCUAUGAGGACAGCGCGGCGGAGAGCGGCAGCGGAGGCGGCGGCGGGGGAGGCGGCGGCGCGGGCGGCGCGGGGGGCGGCUGCAGCGGAGCGAGCCCCAGCAAAGCCCCCAGCAUGGACGGGCUGGGCAGCAGCUGCCCGGCCAGCCACUGCCGCGACCUGCUUCCACACCCCGUGCUGGGCCGCCCGCCGGCUCCCCUGGGUGCCCCACAGGGCGCCGUCUACACGGACAUCCCGGCCCCAGAGGCGGCGCGCCAGUGCGCCCCGCCGCCGGCGCCCCCCACCUCGUCCAGCGCCACCCUGGGCUACGGCUACCCGUUCGGUGGCAGCUACUACGGCUGCCGCCUGUCGCACAACGUGAACCUGCAGCAAAAGCCUUGCGCCUACCACCCGGGCGAUAAAUACCCGGAGCCGUCGGGCGCCCUGCCCGGUGACGAUCUGUCCUCCAGGGCCAAGGAGUUCGCCUUCUACCCCAGCUUUGCCAGCUCCUACCAGGCGAUGCCCAGCUACCUGGACGUGUCGGUGGUGCCUGGGAUCAGCGGGCACCCGGAGCCGCGUCACGAUGCGCUCAUCCCGGUCGAAGGCUACCAACAUUGGGCUCUCUCCAACGGCUGGGACAGUCAGGUGUAUUGCUCCAAGGAGCAGUCGCAGUCCGCCCACCUCUGGAAGUCUCCCUUUCCAGACGUGGUUCCCCUACAGCCCGAGGUGAGCAGCUACCGGCGUGGGCGCAAGAAGCGCGUGCCCUACACCAAGGUGCAGCUGAAGGAGCUAGAGAAGGAGUAUGCUGCCAGCAAGUUCAUCACCAAAGAGAAGCGCCGGCGCAUCUCUGCCACCACGAACCUCUCCGAGCGCCAGGUCACCAUCUGGUUCCAGAAUCGACGGGUCAAAGAGAAGAAGGUGGUCAGCAAAUCGAAAGCACCUCAUCUCCACUCCACCUGACCGUCCAUCCGGCCACCCACCCUGUCUAUUUAUGUCGCCGCUUUGUACCAUUACCGAACCCAACAAAGGACACUUAGCCGCCACCGGUGCAGACGAAUAUUUAAUGUUAACAAGAAAGAGGGACUGCGCCGGGAGGCAGGGAGGCAGAGAGGAUUGGAGGGCGUGCUCUGCAGCCCCCUACUCCCCACCCCAUCCUCAACCCCCAAACGCCAUGCAGAUGGGACCUCGCAAGUCUCAACAGCUUUGGAGGUGGGUUGGGGUGGGCUGUGGGAGGCAGGUUCAAGGCCUCCACUCUUUGCCCUCAUCCCUCACCUUGCCAGAAAGCUGACUGGUAGGGGGCAAAGAUCCCGAUCAUUCCAACCAAAGCAGGGUUGGGGAACCCCGAAGACCCUAUUCUUGCCUCAUCCUUUGCCCAGGUAGGUUGAUGACCCUCCUGAGGGUGGGGCCUCGGUGCAGGACCUGGCAAGCUCAUACUGUCCUUCCAGUUCCUCCUCUUGUUCCCUGUCCCUCCCGCACUCCUUAGUUAGGCAAGAUUUCCCAGGUAAGAUUUUCUGUGCAUAUUUUAAAAGUCGCGUUAAUAUUAAUAAUAACUGUUAGGGAUCUGGCAUCGUGAUUGGAGUACAGACAGCGCAUAGGUUUUCUUUCUUUCCUGUUUCAACAAAAGCUGGAAUUGGUGGAGGAGCUGCCUACCCUCACCUCAAUCAGGAAACUGAAUUUCUCCGGAGCCGACUUUGCCUCCACUGCCUCCUCUGUUCUGCUCUCUCAGUCAAUGUGCAGAAAUCCAUGGAGGAUGGAAACUCCAACCACGCUGCUAAAUGUCUGUCUACUGUCUCUCUCUCUCUCUCCCCCCCCCACCCCGUCUCCCUCCCUGCCCUUCUCUCUCUCUCUCUCCCUCCCUCCCUCCCUCCCUCUCUCCCUUCCUCUCUCUACUGGGGAUCAGGCCAGGCACAGAAGCAGAACGUUUUUCUAAGGAAAGGACAAACUUCUCUUCCAUGGCAAUGGAGAGUGGGUCCCCCAGCAGAGCCCCUCUCCGGUAGCUUCGUAGCUUCUCCGUGGAGGCGGUCACUGAGGAGAGAGCCUCACACUUUCACUUUUACUGAUUCUCCGGAGGAAAGCAGUUUUCUUCCAGGAGGCCAAAAUAACCAGCGCCCAAUUAACCAGCUAAUGUAGACGCUGCCUAACAUAUCCCUCCUCAAAGGCCGACUUGCUGCUGAGGGGGGAGGUCCCUCACCUUCUCCCUUCCCACUGGUGCAUUACAAAACAGUGUUCUUUUGAAAUGUUCAUCAGAAAUAGGCUUUUUUAAAAUGUUGUGUAUCUGUAUAUAGUAUUGUGAUGUCUGAAUGACAAUGUACUGAAUGCAAAAAGGGAAAAAAAAACCCACAAACCUGUUUUUAAAAUAAAAUCUUUUUUUUUUUGCCUUGA